AUGGAGGCUGCUACAUUCUCCGUACCUAUGAUGCUGAUUGGCAUGAUCUACGAUCAAUCUCGGAAUGCUCGACUGGUCGAGCGAAAUGGGUGGGGACUGAGUUUGGACAAGACUUCUUUGAAGCCCGGUCCAGAAGAGUUCGAACAGAAGCUUGUGGGCAUGUUGAUCAACGGCAAGUACAAGAAGAACGCCGAGAGAAUCAACCGGUUGAUGAGGACCAAGCCUCAGACUGGCGAACAGAAGUUCUUGUUCUACAUCAAGUUCCUGGAGUAG